AUGUCAGACCUCAACAACACGCUCAGUCUUCCUAUGAAGCUGGACGCCUUCAUCUUCAACCCCUCUGUCAGCAGCGGCGGUCCCAACCCAGACGAUAGACGCGCCAAAAUCGCCCCCAUCACCCAACCAAACUACACCUUUCUCCGUCUUCACGACGCCCUCAUCCAAGGCGAUAUUCUCCCCCACACCGACAUCCACAAUGCUUUUGAAAACAGCUACAACUCUCGCUUCUGCGACAUCGACACUGGUGAAGAGUAUAAAGACCGCCAGGGUGUGUAUCUCCAUUGGAUGCUGCCGAGACUGUAUCGUGUUGGUGUUGCUGCUGCGGGAGACGGUGCUACCCUGGAUCCGGGUCAGGAGGGGUUGCCUCCUCGUGAAGGGGCUGAUACAGAUGUCUCUGCGCCGCAGUUCCGUGCAGUGCCGACGAGAUGGCUCGUGAUUCGACGGUUGAAGAAGAGCGAGCCUGAUUUUAAAGGUGUUGGGGUGCCGGAGUAUCAAGCUUGGGUUAUUGAGAGUGAUAAGGGGACCGGUAUGGCUAAUUUGACAGAGGAAAAUUAUCCUCAUGGAGUGCCGAACGUUCAGACGGACUUUUCGCCCUUCAUCACUGCUCCUGAUGAUAAUAGUCCAAUCAAUAUUGAGGAACAGGCUGAGGCCCUGAUUGGUGGCAAGACACCUGUGGACAAGUGGACGGAGGAUCCGGAAUCGAACAACAGGCCGCUGUUGACGGUGAUGCACGGUGGCAAUAUGCUGUUUGCGGACUUCCAACAACAUAAUACGAAUGUGUUUAGUAUGAUUGAUAACUUCGAGUAUGGGGAUGCGGAUGACCUGAAGUGUUUGGAGAGUGCGACGGCGGAUUAUUAUGUGAUUGGGUGGCACGCCGAUGAGAGUCAAGAUCCCUUGUACAUCUCAGAUAUGGCCAAAGUUGACAGAAACGAUCGUAUUCAACGCUCACAGCUGAAACUCGAUGACAACUCCAAAGACGGACAAACCUGGUCAGCAUCCUCCGAGUCCGGCAACACGCUCUCCCACGGCGCAAUGUACAACGUCGAAUGGUCCGCCACCGACCGCCCAGCAAAUAUACCAGCCGACACACUCUCCGAACAUCUGCAUGACCUCGAUCCCAUUGCUGUGGGGAGCACACCACUCGACGCUCUACUCGCGUACGUCAAGGCUUCACAGGAGAGCGAGCAAGAUCAGGACGUGAAGCAGGUCAUGCACGCGGUUGAAUGCAUUCAAAAGUAUUUUCUCAUGGAUGAGGAUACAGUGGACAGCCAUGAACAGGCAGAAGAUUUGCUGUAUAGCUUCAACUUUGACAAUUUCCCUGGUGGCACACGUUGGCAUGUCGCUGAAGGCACUGACCCACAAAAGCCAACCGCACGACCUGAUCCCGGCAUUAUCGAAAGUCUGAACAGACUCAAUCAGCAGCAGACCCGUCUUGACUCCCUCUCCCGCUUGGAAGACCGGAUCAAAUGGGAAGUCUUCGCCAUCUGGUGGGGCUUCGUCACUCGUCGCGUAUCAAACUCAAAAGGCGACACAACCGUCAAGGAUACAAAAUCCAAAGUAGAUGCCUGGACGACCAAGAAAGACAAGCUGCUGAAACAGCUGAACAAGUGCAAGCAAGACAGAGACGACAUUGUCGAGAAAGACCCAGCUUUGGCACAGCUCAUCACGGACAAGAUUGUGUGUGCGAGUGUUCAUCCGAAUUUUCACACCCAAACAGAUCCGACGUUGCUGGUGGGCCAUAUGGAGUCUUCGUGGCCGUCGGACUGGCUGGAGCUGCUUCUUGCGCGUGUCAAUACCGACAUUACCACGUGGGAGACACGGGAUGAGAGUACUGAUGUUCAUCUUGCUGUUGGGCUUGAUAAGUUGCCUGAGAGUAUUCGAGAUACUGCCGCCGCCUUGGUCAACGAGUUCAUCUCCUUGUCUGUGGACAUUAUCAAGCCUAUUAGGCCCUUUGCACAAACAACAGAAGCCGAGCCGGCACAGACCAUCCUUCCCCUCUACCAUGAUCUUGAGAUUAAGAAUGAAGAGGUCCAACGCGAUCGAUGGGGUUCAACGCAGCCUUUCUUCCCACUGUUUCUCGAAUGGGAGGCCGAGUACGCUCAUAUUGACAUUGAACAAUGGUCGUUGAAAGAGAGAUCCUUCACUGGACAACAGUCAGCCAAGCUCAGUUACGGCAUGGCAACGGACGAUCCACUCUACAACAGAAAAGAAUGGACCAAGGAGAGAGAUACGCAGGAUAUUCGUCUGUUGUCUGGCCGCAUGCUCAUUCUUCCUCAAGCUGCUUUUUCUCUUCAGGCCCAAGUCGACGCCGUCAUCUCCCAAACACCACCUGAUGAGCUCAAAAAGGCACUUGGCGACAUUCCCGUUGACGAACUGAAGGAUAAUCUCAGCAAACUUGCAUUCCUAUCAACCCCCCUCUCUGGCUUCCACGACCAUUUAUUAACAAUGAAUCAAGGGACACACAUCACCCCCACAAUCCGUCAACCAGGCGGUACUCUCAAGAUCAUCAAAGAGGCCACCAACAGAGACGCCGGUCUGGAAGAGGACAUACUCACCUAUCUCGGUACCGAAACUGAUGUCACCCCCUACGCGACCCUCGUUAGUCUGUCUACCAAAAUUGAAGAAAGUCCCUUCAAACCAGUGACGCACGGCCAAUUCAAGUUCACCAAGAUUAAUAUCGUGGACAAGUUUGGUCAAGUUGUGCAUGCUCUUGAUCCACGUUGGGACGCAACACCUCAAACUAUCAGGCCUUGUCUGAGUGACUUUUUUGCGCCAGAUCCGAACAAUGUGGAUGGGGGACCGAAUAUUGUUGAGGAGUCGAGGGGUGGAGAGGGCGGGAGUGCGUAUGCCCAGAUUCCGCCUCAUAUUAAUCAGAUGGCGAGGUUGAACUCGACGUUCGUCAAGAGAUUGGAUAAUGGUGACUGGGUUCCUCAGCAAGAAUGGGAUAAUCCCAUCUGGGGCUGGGUCGUCUUCAACUAUCUCGACCGUGCCAUCCAAUUCUUCCUCCAGGACGGCACAUUCUACCGUGAAGUUCGUAUCGGUGGUGAAGCCGGCGUCUCAAAGUCCGAAAAAUGGCUUCCCUUCAAGAACUCGGAUAAAAAGCCCGACGACUUUAACCAGCUCGAUUACCUGAUUGAGAAAAUGGCUACCGUCGACAAAUACCUUGACGCCAUGCUCUUCAUGAUUGGCGGCGCCAUGGACUACGCUGACACUGCCCCCGAUGCUUACGCCCAGUUCCUAAAUAGUAUCAUUGGCCGUCCAUUGGCGUUGGUCAACAUGGCAUGGAGCUUGGAACUGGGCACGGAUGAGCUGACGAAUCAGUCUGAUCUUGUCAAGAAGGACCCUAAGCGAAGUCUUUUGCCUGAGACGAGGAAGCCGGGACAUGCAAACGAUCCCUUGUAUACAUUCCCCAUCAAGAUGGGUGAUAAGAAUCGUUCCUACGAUGGACUUGUGGGUUACUUCAAGACCAAGGAGGCUGCAAAACAGACUCAAGCAAGCUAUCUCGACCUUGACAACUGCUACACAUUCUUCGGCUUGGACAAGAUGCAGCAGGAACUGGAAGAUCAACCAGACGAUAAGAAAACGGCCCCUCUCGUCAAAAUAGACCAAAAUAACUAUCCCAUCCUCGAACCUUUCCACCCCGACCCCGUCAACAACGACGCCUUCACAAUGGAAAUCAUCCGCAACCGAAUGCUCGCCAAAAACACUUUCGGCGCCAUCAUCGACCCCUUCCGACCCGUCCACGGCUACACCUCCAUUCUUCCCAUCCAGCCGCUCAAAGUCCCUGAAUGGACCUGGCAAGAAGCCAUGUCCCGCAUGACAGCCUUCUUCCACUUUGGCCCCCUCACUGUCAUUCAGAAUGUACCUGACUACGACCCGGACUAUCUACUCACUACCAAGACGGAUAUCAAGGAUGAUAAGAAGAUCAUUGCCAAGGGGGCGGGGUUGCCGACGAUGGGGACGGCGGACUGGGCUUGGUUGCAGCCGUAUAGAGGGGAAGGAGGAGACGCUGUUCAUGCCGUUGGGGUUGGCCGGGGCGGAUACGAAGCCGACAUUGCAGAAUGGGCCGUAUACCUCUAUUGA